AUCCCGUUCAUGCAAGCACCUGCACUCAUUCGUAUGACUGUAAUGGGAAAUGAGUGUCUCUUCCGAGCAGUUUCUCACAGAAUGAAGGGUAUUUAAAGGCUUGCUCGAAGCCAGAUGAAUUCAAACUUCAGGUCUACAACCUUCACUCAAUCAAUAAACUUCUCCCUUCAAAAUAUACUACACAGAAAACAGACGCACCAAUUGUCUCACUUGAAGUGCCUUAAUUGAAUUCUCAACAUGCCUACAUACGCUCCCAUUGUUAACGAGCUCCGGGACGAACUCCUCAGAGAAGUCGAUGAUCUCGAUACUGCUGUCAGGAAUGCCUUGAAAUACGAUAUUCCAGACAUGGUCACAUAUGGCAUCAUCUCUGGAAAAGGAUUCCUAGAUUUUGCAGACUGGUUAGUUCGAGGUUGGAUUCCAACCGAGACCACUCAUGGUCGCGAUAUUUAUUACAUCCUUUGCAUGUUUUACUUCGUCCUCGCCCAAGAUCCUUUGGGCGUUCGACAGACCUCCAUUCUUCCAAAGAAUGUCGGCAAGCCACUCACCCCGCUGUCUGACUGGCUCGUCCGUUAUGCCCAAGAAAUUGGCAAAUUUAUGGACCAGCCAGAGUCAUGGAAUGAAACUUCUUUGACCAGCUACCGAAACUCUCCUCAGUACCGUGUUUUCGAAGCGGAGGACCCAAAGAACUGGAAGACAUUCAAUCAGUUCUUUCACCGCAAGCUCAAGGAACCUCGUGAAAUCUGCUCACCGCAUGAUGACCACAUCAUAACUUUCCCUGCCGAUUCCACUUUUGCCGGCGCCUUCUCAGUUACCGAUGAGUCUGAAGUGAUACUCAAGAACCUUCCCUGGAAGGUAUCAGAUUUGCUCGGUAAAUACGGCAAACAAGAAGUUCCAGGUUCGAAAGACAAGACCACAUAUGGAGACUUGUUCAAAGAAGGAGUUUGGACACAUUGUUUCCUUAACACCUUUGAUUAUCAUCGACAACACGCGGCUGUUUCGGGUAUAGUCGAGGUCGUCGACGUGAUCCAAGGUGCUGCAUAUUUAGAGGUACUGGUCAAGACAGAUGAGAAGGCUGGAGGGCACAACUAUCUCCAACCUCGUCGUCGUAUAUCACCAAACAUGAAGAAACAGGAUCCAGCUUCAAUUGUCACUCUCGACGCUCCUGACACACCAGGUUAUCAAUUCUUACAAACUCGCGGAAUCAUUAUCAUCAACAAUGAGAAAUUGGGUCGAGUUGCUCUCCUACCUAUUGGUAUGGCUGUUGUUUCCUCUGUCGUGAUGAAUACAGAGCUACUCGGCAAGACUGUCAAGAAGGGAGAUGAGAUUUCUCACUUUGCUUUUGGAGGGUCGGAUAUUGUGAUGGUGUUUGAGCAGAAGGCGAGAGUUUCCAAUUUCCCGGAUCUAGAGGCUAAUGAGCAUUUCUAUUAUGGAGAAAAACUCUGCAAGGCUCAUUACAAAGAAGAUAUUCCAUCUCAUCUCAAGAAGUAAUUUGCUUCGAAUUGAAGCAUAAUACACGAGCUUAUUUUUUAUUGUCAUUUCUUCAGUAUUGAACUUAGUACUUAGCAGACUCAUCGUCCUGGACCUAGCUUAAUGUAUUGACUAUGAUCUGGUUGUCAAACAAUUCUCCUUGACUGGGUGAUAUUCUCCCUUUCCAUAAAAAUUUCUUCCUUCGCACCGCGUGAUAAAGCGGCAAAGAGAGGGAAAGAGAAAAACAUACAGAAGCAUAAACACAUUUCUAGGAAAAUCUGAGUUUGUAGCCACACCACUGUAGAUACUUUGACAACUAGGGGAAUCACUGCUCCCCCUUUUACCGUAUGCACACAUGGCAACUUUGUAAUAGAAACACCCCAAUAAUUG